AAAUCUGAGAGCCAUCAACUUCCGGUGUCACGGGGUACCCGGAGACGGAGCGAAAAAGCGGGCAUACCGAAAUCUUUAUUGUAUUCUCUAGCCGUGGAGCAUUUGAACGCGUGUACAUUUGGCUUAUAAAGACGACCAACUGCGCCUUGUGGCCCCGUGACCCCACGGGAUUUGCAAUCGGCGUGGAAAAAGGUCUCAUUCAUUACUCGUUGGUGCUCUCUAGCUAGCUAGCUAACGAGCCUCCACGCCAGGCCUGCUCCGCUAACAUUAGCAGGCUAGCCACGCGAACACGUUUUCUUUCUCAAUGAUUUCGUCUGUUACGUUGUAAAUCUUUACCGCGCCGUUGAGGUGUAUACCGGUCGGCGAUUUUUGUUAAUUAUUUUUAAAUACGCCGCCGUUUGAAGCUAACGUAGUGGGGCUACACCACAGAAGCACUUGGUUUUAAAAGUGUUGCUCACUUUGUUGCUAGCUUAAGCUAGCCACCGUUGACCGAACAACGCAUCCCCUGAUAGCGUAAAGCCUUCAACUCAGAGAUGUCGGACUUCGACGAGUUUGAAAGACAGCUUUCUGAAAACAAACAAGCUGAGAGGGACAAAGAGAACCGCCACCACCGCCGGUCCUCCUCCCGCAGCCGUAGUAGAGAGAGGAAAAGGAGGAGCAGAGACAGGGAUAGACGCAGCAGGGACCGCCGUGGGGACAGUAAGGAGCGGAGACACAGACGCAGCUCACCAUCCAGCUUCCCCCAGGACAAUGCUGGAAGCCGUUCUCCCCACCGUGAGAAGAAGAAGAAGGUGAAGAAGUACUGGGAUGUCCCUCCACCUGGUUUCGAACACAUCACUCCCAUGCAGUACAAAGCCAUGCAGGCUGCAGGCCAGAUCCCAGCCACAGCCCUUUUGCCAACCAUGACUCCAGAUGGGUUGGCUGUUACUCCCACCCCCGUACCUGUAGUGGGCAGCCAGAUGACCCGACAGGCCCGCCGACUGUAUGUGGGAAACAUCCCCUUUGGUAUCACAGAGGAGUCAAUGAUGGACUUCUUCAAUGCCCAGAUGCGUUUGGGUGGUCUCACUCAGGCCCCUGGAAAUCCCGUCCUGGCUGUGCAGAUCAAUCAGGACAAGAAUUUUGCCUUCCUCGAGUUCCGUUCAGUGGAUGAAACAACACAGGCAAUGGCCUUUGAUGGCAUCAUCUUUCAAGGCCAGAGCCUCAAGAUUCGCCGUCCUCACGAUUACCAGCCCCUGCCCGGCAUGAGCGAGAACCCCAGUGUCUAUGUGCCUGGUACACAGACAAUUAAUGGUGUGGUGUCCACAGUGGUGCCAGAUUCAGCUCACAAGCUCUUCAUUGGCGGCUUGCCCAACUAUCUGAAUGAUGAUCAGGUGAAGGAGCUGUUGACGUCAUUCGGCCCCCUGAAGGCCUUUAAUCUGGUGAAGGACAGCGCCACAGGUCUAUCCAAGGGAUAUGCCUUCUGUGAAUAUGUUGAUGUCAACCUCAACGACCAGGCUAUUGCCGGACUGAAUGGUAUGCAGCUGGGAGACAAGAAGCUCCUGGUGCAGAGAGCCAGCGUGGGAUCCAAGAACGCCACUCUGACAAGUAUAAACCAGACCCCAGUGACGCUGCAGGUGCCAGGCCUGAACAGCUCUGUGACUCAGAUGGGAGGCCUGCCCACUGAGGUGCUGUGUCUGAUGAACAUGGUGGCCCCCGAAGAGCUGCUGGAUGAUGAGGAAUAUGAGGAGAUUGUGGAGGACGUCAGGGAUGAGUGCAGCAAGUACGGCCAAGUCAAGAGCAUUGAGAUACCUCGACCUGUGGACGGCCUGGAAGUUCCUGGCACUGGCAAGAUCUUCGUGGAGUUCACGUCAGUUUUUGACUCCCAGAAGGCCAUGCAGGGGCUGACGGGAAGGAAGUUUGCCAACAGGGUGGUGGUGACCAAAUACUGCGAUCCAGACGCCUAUCACCGCCGGGACUUCUGGUAGACGAGGCACGACACGGAAGAGGGGAGGGCGAGGGAGGGAGGGAGGGAGGGAGGGAGGGCGACGGUGCGUACUGCUCGUUUCCAAAUCAGCCCCCGGAAAGAUUUAGUAGAGCAACAUUUCAGGUAGAUCUGAGAGUAUUAGCGGUCUGACAAAUUGCUUUCCUGAUUCAUCAUUUGAGAUCUAAAUGAAUUGUCCAACAGUUACUUGGAAUUGGAAAAAAAGUCAAGAAUGGCUAAUGUUUCUAUUCAGUCUCUAACAGAGGGGGCUAGGUUUGGUGCUAGUGGUGUAGCCGGGGAGGUGGGGAAGUUUUUGAGAAUUGUGUGUAAUAAUAGGUUCGGGGUGGGGUCAACAAUUUUUAUACUUUGUGAGACAGUGAUGUCAUUUUUGGGUGGGAGGGGGUGCCACACUUUAACGUUUGUAUUUAAAUGGAGGUAGCCUGUUUUAAGUACAUUAGGAAGGAGUUGCUGUCGGGAACUUACUGGAAGAAUCUGAUUCUGAAGAGGGGGAAAAACAAGAGUGAGUAUUAGUGAAAGGGAGACGUGGGGAAGAUGGAGGGCAUUUUCGUUUGACCACCUAAUGUAGAUAUACAGUAGCUGUAACAUCCACUUCAGUUUUUGCCACCGUCACUAGAAAAAGGAGACUCCUCAUUUUUUUUCUGUUUGGACUCACGUUCCUUCAUUGUCAUCAGACUGCUGCCCCCCCUCCCCAGAGUGUUUGUUAGAGACUGUUGUCUGAUUGGACUCUAUCUGAAUGUCCACUGUAAUUGUUCUGAUACUGUCUGUAGCUUCACUGAUUUGAGCUGUAAUAUCGCCCUGCGUUCAGGCCGUAGAAUAACACGAACGGCAACAAAAGAACAUUUUCGAGUUGUCUUUCUCUUUUCUGUCAUUUUUUUUCCCACGUCCAUCUUUUGUAAAGAGCUUCUUUUUUUUUUCUUUUUUUUUUCAAACGUGUCUCAGCAGUUCAGCCCUGAUUCAAUUAAAGAGGAAAUCAAGAAAGAUUGGGAGAGGAAAACGGAUUGGCAUUUUAAUAUCUCUUCCUUACCAACAAGCCUUAAUGUUAUUACGUGUCGACUCACUAAGACAAGAAUUUGGCUUGCCCCUCGGUCACCGAUGUCUGUAUCUUCAUUUAUAUCUUGUACUUUAGCUCGUUGUCAUUUUUUUCUUCCAUCCCAGAUUUCACAUGUAAAAUGUAUUGGACCCGGUUGUUUUUUUUUUUUUUUUUCUGUGAAACGUCUCACCUCUUUGACAAGACCAAAUAAAGACGUGACUAAUACCCACGACUCAUGUUGUGCUGCAGAAUAAGACCACCCAGUCGCUUUUGUGGUGAACUUUCAGCCUGUUUGUUUAAAAAAUAUCUGGUUAACUUAAUAGGCCUGGCCACACCGAAGAAAUAAAACCAAACAAUACGAAGAUUUUCUGUUGAACUGCUUUCACUAAAUCUCAGAGGUUAGCUACUGGGAUGUUAAAAACUGUCCUCUCGUACUCAGAGAAAAGCUGCUUUUCUCUCAUCUCCCUCACCUUCUGCCCUUUGCUCUCAGAGGACCACACGUUCACACUGUAUGUGCUUGAGACUAUGCUUUCAUUUGAUACUUUGGAUAGCUUAAGACAAGCUGAAGAGAAAAUGGGUCAGUGAUAAGUUUUCAGAUGUACCUUCUGAAAAUCUUGCUUUUUCAGUGUCAGUGUCAGUUGUUUUUGUUUUUUUCUCUCUGGAAAAAAAAAAUGUGAUUUCAUAAAUGAUUUAAAACCUAAACCCCACAUCUAGUUUAUAAAAGCUGAACUGGUCUUGCAUUUGUCCAAUUUGUUUUCAAAUGUUGAUUAAAAGCUGAAUUUACAUGA